UGUUAUAUUAUACCUAAUCAUAAUCAGCACUUGGGCAGUUGGCAUUAAUGAUCCCCGGUACGUUUAUUGCCGCUGGGCCGCUGUCUAUCGGACUCGGUCUCUUCCACUGACGUGCCCUGUCCAAUACCGGUUGCCCCGCGACACCCCAGGGUUCCCACAGGAGCGUGUGCCUUGUGACCGCUGGGGGGGGGGGGGGGGGGCACCCAACGGCUACGGCCAUGCGGCCCAGUUGUCCACCGACAUGGCAGGAGUCUGGAAGCGCUAUGUGACACGUUCACUGGCAGCUGUGGUGUUUGUCACGACCUCUGCGCUUCUGCUCUGCUCAAACGGCCGUCUACGGCUCACAUACAGAUUGUUCUCUCGACCUGGGAGCCACCGUCCAGACAUUCAUGGACGAAAGUAUUCAAAUACGAGACUGCUGCCGACCAACCAAACGGCAGGGGUUGAUGGGGACGAGUUUGUCAGACGCCUUAUCGACAAGAACCAGAAGACAUUUUCACCGUGGAAGUACUCGGUCGCAUGUAGCAAGUACAAGACAGGGAUGGCGCGGUACCGCAGUUUGCCGCUAAUGGCGCUAGCGUCGUUCCCGGGCAGCGGAAACACGUGGGCGCGCUACCUGAUAGAGGGCGCCACCGGCGUCUUCACCGGAAGCGUCUACAACGACCGUGGCCUCGCCGACAACGGGUUCUACGGCGAGACGGUCAGCGAGUCAUCGGGCCGCACUCUGCUCCAGAAGACGCACGGCUACACGCUGCUGACGGAGCCGACUCCCUCCUGGAGCUCGAGGAGGCGGAUGGUGGAGCGGCACGGCCGGCGUGCCGUGGUGCUCAUACGCAACCCCUACGAGGCACUCAUCUCCCUCCGCAACUUCGCGGCGGGCCACCUCGGCUACGCAGCCGACAAACACUUCCUAGGAGAAACAUGGAGUUCUUGGGUGACUUUGAAAGCAAAUCACUGGCGAGACUUCUAUAUGGACUGGCUGAAUAUGACAUCGCUGGCACACGUCAUUCAUUUCGAAAAUCUCCGACAUGAUCCCGUUUCAGAAAUGCGGAGACUUUUGCGGUUUGUUGGAAUGCCGGAAAACAAAGGCAGACUAAACUGCAUCGAGAAAUAUCCUGAAGGAAGAUUCAGAAGGACGUCAUCCGGAAGGCAAAUAUUUCAUCAUCGGGAUGUGUUUUCUGCCGAGCACCGCGCGCUGCUGGACUCGGCCAUUGAGACCGUUCGGACAGCGCUGGAGUCCGGCGACCACCCACCCCUCCCGCUGGCCCGCUACAAGUACUAUCGUCCGGUGCAGAGCAGAGAUGGGCCCGGCACCUUCAGCGGGGUAUCGAACACCUGACGGCGGGACACGAGGUGACCGCGGCAGCGGUUUACCAGCUACCGAGCAGCUACUCGUAUAUAACGUGCGGUUGAGGCUAUUAGCCACAUGAUCAUUAGACGAGUGACGACAUGACGCCGGAUCCGACCACUCUGCCCGCAUACAUCCAAGGUCCUUCGAGACGCUCCACGGAAUCAGCUACUUUAUGUACAGGGUGGGCCAAAAAAAGUGUGUCACUUUUGAGCAGUAAUUUCUCGAAAGUGGUAAAAGAUACGAAAAAGAAACUUUCACAACUUAAAGAAAAUCGUUUGACAAAUUAUAUGAUACCAAUUUUAUGGAAAAGUUUCAAUCGAACUGACGUUAUCAUCAUCAUUUCAAAAAGCGGAAUCUGUGCGUCUCUUUAUUUGCGCAUGUGCUCGAAGUGGGCACCGCUAAGCUGAAGGCCAUCCGGACACGCGCUCAGAAGCUGACGCCCACCCUCUUCGCGGUGGCUGCUGUCACUUCACGCACGUAUUGAUCGAC